UGGACUUAAGAACAAGAAUAUUGGCAAGAAUUUAUUCACUAAUCCUACUGCCGCCGUCUACGGUAUAUUCCCUAACAAAGAUAUUAAAAUUUACUCUGGAACUAUCCAAAGUGCGGUAUGUGAAGCCAAAGAAAAUGUUGACGGAGAAAACUAUGGCGUAAAAAUAGUCGUUGGAUCAUAUCAUCCUGCCAUGAUGUCUACAAGUUUCCCUUGGAAAUCCCCACUACAACAUAAACAAUUUAUGCUCCAAUACAAUCAUAUCGUUCCGCUUCUUAUCAUAGCUCGCGACAGAGAUCCGGGUCAAAUCAAAGUUGACUCCAAAGGUCUUCCGAAGUUAGAUUAUAAAUUAAGUCCACAUGAUGCUGAAAGUAUCAUCGCCGGAAUAUUGACAAGUCUCAAAAUUCUUGUUGCAGCUGGAGCAACUAAAAUUGGAACUUGUCAAGCUGAGGUAGAAGAAUUUGUGAUUGCAGAUGAAAACCCAUUGAAUGAUCCUAAGUUUUUACAAUACCUUGAGAAAGUUAAGAAAGUUGGG